AUGCAGUCAGAACACGUUCCCAAGUUUUCAUUCCAGGGAGUCGAUGCCUUCUUCGGCAAGAUAGACGCCUCCGCGGGCGACAACAUCACCUUUCGAGAUGUUACCGAAGCCGAUUUCGAAGAGAUACACCGAGCCAGGGAGCAGAGGGGCCGCAAAGUCCGCUUGUCCUUAUAUUCGCGCCCGCUCGGGACGGACUUCCCAACUCUCGUAAUAGAGGCUGGUUACUCACAAUCAUGGGCAUCCCUCCGCGCCAAGGGCCGCUGGUGGUUCGAAGCAUCUGACUACGCAGUUAAAAUAGUGCUGCUGGUGAAGAUGGAUCGAUCCAUAGCCCAAAUCAGAAUCGAGAAGUGGAAGGCGAUGGAGCAGCCCCGCACACGUCCGAGUAGAGCUACUACCCGAGCGAUGGCAGCGCAGGUAGUCCCUUCGGUCAGUCCUGAGUGUGUUCAAACCGUCGACAUUAUCCGCGCCGCAUCAGUUGGCGACCAUGAUCCUAGACGGUUCCUCCCAAACUCCUACAGGGUGACUAGAGAAUGGAGAACCAGUGCGGGCACCUCACGGAAUGCCUCAGGUUUAGAUUAUAGCAAUAUGAAACUGCGGUUCUGGCAAACCCGCACGGGCUGCGAAGUCGCGCCCGCGGUAUGA